ACGCACCACCAUGUCGGUCGCGGCCGGCCACUCCUUGAUCCACGAACCCCGUAUAAAGCCCUGCCAGCCGCGCCGGACUCUCCAUCACCACGAACACGGCGACGACAUUGCCCCCUAGAAGAACGAGAUAGCCAUGGCGCGACUGACGAUGGCAUCGGCGGCGGUGGCGCUGCUCUUCCUCGCGGCAUCGUCGGCGUCGGCCUCGCCGAUGGACUACGGCGGCGCGUUCGACAAGUGCCUCCAGUUCUUCGAGGCGCAGCGGUCCGGAAAGCUCCCCGCCGAGCGCGCCGUCAAGUGGCGCGGCGACUCCGGCCUCACCGACGGCUACUUGCAGGGGGUGGAUCUUGUGGGCGGGUACUACGACGCCGGCGACCACGUGAAGUUCGGGUUCCCGAUGGCGUACGCGGUGACCAUGCUGUCGUGGGGCGUGCUGGAGUUCGAGAAGGAGAUGGUGGCCGCCGACGACCUCAACCGCGCCCUCGACGCCAUCCGCUGGGGCACCAACUACUUCCUCAAGGCCCAUACCGAGCCCAAUGUCCUCUGGGUCCAGGUGGGCGACGGGGACAGCGACCACCUGUGCUGGGAGCGCGCGGAGGACAUGUCGACGCCGAGGACAGCGUUCAAGAUCGACGCCAGCCACCCGGGCUCCGAGGUCGCCGGCGAGACGGCCGCCGCGCUCGCCGCCGCCUCCAAGGCGUUCCGGCACUACGACUCCAUGUACGCGGACCUGCUGCUCAUGCACGCGAAGCAGCUCUUCUCCUUCGCCGACACGUUCAGGGGCAGGUACGACGACUCCCUGCAGUGCGCCAAGAAGUUCUACCCCUCCGCCUCCGGGUACCAGGACGAGCUUCUCUGGGCGGCGGUGUGGCUGUACGAGGCCACCGGCGACGAGACCUACCUCGACUACGUCGUCCGGAACGGGGAGUACCUCGGUGGGACCGGGUGGGCCGUGCGCGAGUUCUCCUGGGACAACAAGUACGCCGGCAUCCAGGUGCUGCUCUCCAAGGUGCUACUCGCCGGCGGCGGUGGCGACUACGCCGACACGCUCAAGCAGUUCCAGGCCAAGGCCGAGUUCUUCGUGUGCGCCUGCAUCCAGAAGAACGGCGGCAACAACGUCAAGACCACCCCCGGCGGCCUCCUCUACGUCGCCGACUGGAACAACAUGCAGUACGUGUCCUCCGCGUCCUUCCUCCUCACCGUCUUCGCCGACUACCUCGCCGAGUCCGGCGACACUCUCAAGUGCCCCGACGGCGAGGUCAAGCCGGCCGAGAUCCUCGGGUUCGCGAGGAGCCAGGCGGACUACGUCCUGGGAAAGAACCCGCUGUCCAUGAGCUACAUGGUGGGCCACGGCGACAAGUUCCCGUCGCAUGUGCACCACCGCGGCGCCUCCAUCCCGUCGGUCGACGCCGUGAGCGACACCGUCGGGUGCAUGGCCGGCUUCGACGCCUACUACAACAGCCCGGGCGCCGACCCCAACGUCCUCCACGGCGCGCUCGUCGGCGGGCCCGACUUCAACGACGGCUUCCUCGACGACCGCUCCAACUACCAGCGCGCCGAGCCCACCCUCGUCGCCGCGGCGCCCAUGUGCGGCGUCUUCGCCCGCCUCGCUGCCGAACCCGCCUCUUCCGGUGCCGGUGACAGCACCCCUGGCUACCAGCCACCGGCGUCGCACGAAGGAGGCGCGCCGCUGGAGUUCGUGCACACGGUGACCAACUCGUGGACGACCAACGGCGUGGAGUACUACCGGCACGCCGUGACGGCCAAGAACACGUGCGGGCAGCCCAUCACGUACGUGAAACUGCACAUCAAGGAGCUGACGGGUGCCAUCUAUGGUGUCUCCGCCACUCAGGCCAAGGAGAUGUACGAGUUCCCGUCGUGGCUCAGCAGGCUCGAGGCCGGCGCCAAGCUCGACAUCGUGUACAUCCAGGAGGGCGGGCCCCCGGCAAAGAUCUCCGUCGUCGACUACAAGACGGGCUGAGAUGUCAUGGAAUAAGUGCCGUAUAGGGAUCAUCGUGACAUGUUCUUUUAUCUUACAUUUUUUUCUUUUCCGAUUUUUUUGCGCCCACGUACCUUUUCCUCUUUGUUUUUUGUACCAUUAUAUCUGAUGAGGUCGAAAUCCAGAAGAACAUCUUCAAACUGUUUGCGUUUUAA